CCGGGUGGACUCUCCACGGAAUCUGAGGCAGCCAGGCGGGCCGGCGGGCCCCACCUUACCGCACGCAUUCUCCGUUAUAAGCUCGUGUCACGAGUCAUUAGGAUGGAUAGCAUCUUCUGGAUCUCGGACUGGUGGUUGGUAGUCUGAAAGAGAGUGAGCAUGGCAGGGCAGGGCAGCUACAGCCGGCUCGCCGCCGACGAGGCCGCCGCCGUCAUAUCCGGCGGCGGCGGCGACGACUACGACUCAAAAAAGCUUCGGCUGCUCGGCUACGAGCCGCAGCUCAAGCGCAAUCUCUCGCUGCUGUCCAACUUCUCGGUGACCUUCUCGAUCGUGUCGGUGCUGACGGGCAUCACGACGCUGUACGGGACGGGGCUCCAGUUCGGGGGGCCGGUGACGAUGGUGUACGGCUGGCCCAUUGCCGGCGCCUUCACCACCGUCGUCGGCCUGGCCAUGGCCGAGAUCUGCUCCGCCUACCCGACCUCCGGCGGCCUCUACUUCUGGAGCGCCAGGCUCUGCAGCGAGCGCCGCUGGGGCCCCUUCGCCUCCUGGCUCACCGGAUGGUUUAACAUCGUUGGACAGUGGGCAGUGACAACGAGCGUGGACUACUCGCUGGCGCAGCUGAUCCAGGUGAUCAUCCUGCUGAGCACCGGCGGGAACAACGGCGGAGGGUACCUGGCGUCCAAGUACGAGGUCAUCGCCAUCCACGCCGCCAUCCUGCUCAGCCACGCCCUCAUCAACAGCCUCCCCAUUGCAUGGCUCUCCUUCUUCGGCCAGUUCGCGGCGGCUUGGAACAUGCUAGGUGUCUUCGUCCUCAUGAUUGCCGUGCCGGCCGUUGCCACGGAGAGGGCCAGCGCCAAGUUCGUCUUCACCAAUUUCAACACCGACAACGGCGCUGGAAUACACAGCCAUGUCUACAUCUUCCUCCUGGGGCUCCUCAUGAGCCAGUACACGCUCUUAGGUUACGACGCGUCGGCGCAUAUGACGGAGGAGACCAAGAACGCAGACAAGAACGGGCCGAUCGGGAUCAUCAGCGCCAUCGGCAUAUCGAUAGUGGUCGGCUGGGGAUACAUACUCGGCGUCACCUUCGCCGUGAAGGACAUACCCUCCCUGCUGAGCCCCGACAAUGAAGCUGGAGGGUACGCCAUCGCCCAGGUCUUCUACCAGGCCUUCAAAAGCCGCUACGGCAGCGGCGUCGGCGGGAUCGUCUGCCUGGGGAUCGUCGCCGUCGCCAUUUACUUCUGCGGCAUGAGCUCCGUCACAAGUAACUCGAGGAUGGCGUAUGCUUUCUCGAGAGACGGCGCGAUGCCGCUGUCGUCCGUGUGGCACAAAGUGAACGAGCACGAGGUGCCCAUCAACGCCGUCUGGCUCUCGGCUUUCGUCUCCCUCUGCAUGGCGUUGCCGUCGCUGGGUAGCCUGGUGGCGUUCCAGGCCAUGGUGUCCAUCGCCACGAUCGGGCUCUACAUCGCGUACGCGCUGCCCAUCUUCUUCCGGGUGACGCUGGCGCGGAAGCACUUCGUGCCGGGGCCCUUCAACCUCGGGCGCUACGGCGUGCUGGUGGGGUGGGUGGCCGUGCUCUGGGUGGUCACCAUCACCGUGCUCUUCUCGCUGCCGGUGAUGUACCCGGUGACCAGGGACACGCUCAACUACACGCCCGUCGCCGUCGGCGGGCUCUUCAUCCUCGUCCUGACGUCGUGGGUCGUCAGUGCCAGGCACUGGUUCAAGGGACCCGUCACCAAUUUGAGCGGCUAGCUUCACGUACGUGUGUUCACGGAACGCCAUGGAGGAUUAGUUGUACAGCUGUAGGCUGGUUGUACCUGAGAUUCUUAUAAACAGAGGCUCGUAGAAUACAAAGGCUUUCCACAAAUUUAGAGAUCUUUUACGUGGGUGCGCGUGGAAGGUGGAACAAAUCCUGAACAUCUUAAUUACAUGUCACUGUCAUGAGACACAAUUUAAUUUUAGAAAGAAUAGAGCUAUGAAAGAACACAGAUUUAGUAAGGUCAA